AUGAUCAAAAGGAGGCCAUCUGCUCCUAGUCAGUCCCCAAAGUCCAAAAGUAAAAGUUUAAAUCGAACACACAGUCUCAAUGAAGGGUCAAAGGUUGAUAAACUUGACAAGGAGGAUGAUGUAGAUAAAUUGAAAAUUGAGGUGGACCAAGUAUAUAAGUCCUUAACAUACAUCAAGGAGGUGGUUGACAAAGAAACUUUACAGAUUCUUCCGGCCACUGCAUCUGCUGUCUUGGAGACCGUUACAGGGGUCUUCAGUCUGCUGAGCAAUUAUUUUGCUAACCAGGAAAGCAGUAUGAUGUUAUCCCGCCAUAAUCGGGUGUGCCAGUGUUUAGCGCGCUUGAUUCGUUGGGCUGACAAGAUCCUGCUAUAUGGUAAUGAUCAGCUAAAUAAGGAUAAUGCCCAUGAAGUCAUCAAAGCUCUGGCUGAUGGGAUGAAAGAACUAGCACAAGCAUCCAUUGAUAAGUUAGAAAAUAGAAAAAAUGGUGUUCCAAGAUCUCCAGGCCCUAUCAGUGCUUCUAGUCACCAGGAGAGCCCUAAGCGGUCAUCUCUACCUGAUAUCCCACUGACUCCUAGGGAACAGGAGAUCCUGGACUUUACCAGCAGACAGCUCAGUGAUGGCCCCCUAUCCCACUCCUCUGAGAGCAUUUUAGAUGAUCCUGAUGAUUCCCCUCCUCCCAAACCACCUCUACCCCCAGGCAUGGACACACACUUACCCAGAAUGAUGAGCAAAUCAUCGACUGAAGAAAGCGAACUUGAGACACCACCACCCCUUCCCGAAAAACAACGUGUCCCAAGCUCCACAGCUUUGGGUAUGAUGGGUAGCAGCAAAGGAGAUAGCAAUGGCCACUCCUCGUCCAGUCAGUCACCCCAUAGUAGCAUGCUGUUUCCAAGCCCAUCACAGGACCAUUCACUUGGUGGCUGUAGUAACAGCUCUGGAUUGGUUACCCCAUCUAGCCAGUCUCCACGUAGUUGUUCCCCCUUGAGUCGCUCUCCAGCCAGCAGCAUUGGUUCUGGUCUCAACCAAUCGAUGGAUGACUUGCUUAGCAGUAGUAAUCGCAGUAGUAGAACUAAUAGUUUUUCUCACGCCUCUUCAGAAUCCAGGAGUGCUACAAUGGAGAGUAGUGUUGAGUAUGUCCAUGCUGUGGAUGAGAUCAACCAGUUGACCAAGAAGAUCAAUCAACUAACAACCAGCAUUAAAGAUGUCCCUCCCCCUGUGCCUGCUAAGAGUUUAAAGUCUCCCCGCUUCCCGUCCCAUUAUGACAACAUGCCUCUUAUAGAGGGUUCUGGGAGCCUGAUGACUGGGGGCCUGCCGGUCAGUAGUUUGAUGGGCAUCUGCAGCCUUAGCAGCAACAUGAGCAGUCACGUUACCACCUGUAGCAGCAGCAGUAGUAGUAGUAGUAGUAGUAGUAGUCACAGUAGCCGCAUGCUCUCUCAGUUCAGCAGCAGUGCUAUGGCAAGUACCAGUGGCUUGACAUCUUUCUCUCACUUUCACAGUCAAAAAGCCAGCUCUUUUUUCUUCGCACAAACCUCACAGGAGACAAUUUCCAGUUCAGACUUCUCAUCUGGGGCCAGUCAUUCAAGUCUGGAAAGUUUGCACCAACAAGGACCGCCACCAUUACCGCCAAAGAAAAAACACAUUCAAACUUAUAUGCAAACAUUUGGUUCUUAUAUGCAACCCAGCCACACGGAAUUUGCUAAUAUAUCUCGUCGUUCACUCAACUUCUUCGAGACUGAAUGGCAGCAUCAUCAUCAAGAGUUCCAACGGUCAUUAUAUCCUCGCUCCAACACUAUAAGUGUAAUAUCUGAUAUCUCUAGUGCUAGUUCAGACAACACAUCUGGAAUUGGUUCAGCAGAAAACAUGGGCACGCCACCUGCCCUCCCUGCAAAAUUAGGACGGGCCUCAAACCGGCAGAGCCAAGCUUCAACAAUAUCCAGCCAGUCAGAUGCCUCCACUGAAGGUCCAGCAGAGGUGGUUCGAGAGAAAUCGGCCAGCAUGAUAGAACCUCCAGUGGUUCCACCUACGACUCCAGAAAUGGAACUGAAGCGAUCAUCAGCCCCUGCUGAAGUUAGUGAACAGACAAAACAACCUGAAAAAUCCGUGUCUCCAAAAACAGAAAUUCAAAAAGAUGCUGACUCUGAUUUCAUGGAGUUAAAACCGCUAGAUGAUGUUGAUGUAUCUGAUCAGCUGAUUCGAAAAAGACCAGGAGAAGAUGGUCCUGAAAUUAGAGGGGGGUCCGUAGAUGCUCUUUUGGUUCACGCCACUGUUGCUAGCAAAAGUGGCUCACAAGGAGAAUCUGUUAAUGAAGAAGAUUUCAUGUAUCAAGAAGCUUUCCUGACCACAUAUAGAACAUUUAUUUCACCAAAGGAAUUGAUUGAAAAGUUACUCUACCGCUUCCACAAGUUUCAGCACGUAUCUGACAUAAGCAAAAAAAGAUUGGCGCGGAACUCUUUUUCUCUGUUGAUACGUGUCCUUGACGAGCUCAGUGCCUCAUAUAGCAGUACAUCGUCGGAAAUUGAUGAUGAAAUCAGUCAAAAAAUGAUGGAUCUGGUAUUUGAAUUGCUAUGUCAGGGAGAGUUGACUCUUGCAAAACUACUCCGUCGGAAGAUUGUAGAGAAAAUUGAGGCGAGGAAGAAUAUGGAGAAUUCAGCUAAAUCAAGCUUGUUACCGUCACAUAGCUUAACGCUCCAGCCUCCAGAUUUACUUCACUUCAAAUCGCAAGAUAUAGCAGAGCAGAUGACUUUACUUGAUGCAGAGUUAUUUCAAAAGAUUGAGAUUCCUGAAGUAUUAUUAUGGGCCAAGGAACAAUCAGAAGAAUUAAGUCCUAAUCUGACUUUAUUUACAGAACAUUUUAACAAAAUGUCUUAUUGGUGUCGGACAAAAAUUCUUAUCCAAGAAGAAGCCAAAGAUAGAGAGAAAUAUUUAAUGAAAUUUAUAAAAAUAAUGAGGCAUUUGCGAAAGAUGAGCAACUUUAAUUCUUAUUUGGCAAUUCUUUCUGCCCUUGACUCGGCACCAAUCCGAAGAUUAGAAUGGCAGAAGCAAAACAUGGAAGCAUUAAAAGAAUUCUGUCAAUUAAUUGACAGCUCUGCAUCAUUCCGAGCCUAUCGCCAGGCUCUAGCAGAGACAGAACCUCCUUGUAUACCUUAUUUAGGAUUAAUUCUCCAAGACCUGACUUUCAUUAAUAUUGGAAACCAGGACCUACUUCCAGAUGGCAGUAUAAACUUUGCUAAAAGGUGGCAACAAUUCAAUAUUCUUGAGAGCAUGCGCAGGUUCAGAAAAUGUAAUUUUGACUUCAAAAAGAGUGAAAAGAUCCUCUCAGUGUUUGACAACUUUGACGACUACAAGUGCGAAGAAGAACUGUGGCAAAUCUCCGAGAGAAUCAAACCUCGUGGUGGUAAAAGAAAACCCACAGACCAAGGAGAGUCUUGA